AUGCAAACCUCGCCGCCUACAAUCCUCGUUGACUCUCUCCCCAAAGGCUCUAGAGUUACAUUUAGAGACUCUACGUUCUUCGCACGUAAUAGGCCUGGGGUAGCUUUCCCAUCAGCUGAUCAAGUCCGAGCUAAGAGUGAAGCGGGCGAUCACGUCCUUCAUAGAAAGAAUACCGUCAUUUUUGAGUCACUUGGCUUGGUCGUCAAAUUUGGAAAAGAGCCCCGUGUCACCGCUGCGGAAGGCCAGUGCCUCUGGUGGUUGCGUCGGUGUCUUCCAAGCGUCCCUGUCCCUGAGAUAUACGGCUGGACAGACGAUGGAGGAGAAGUCUUUUUGUACAUGCAGCUGGUUGAAGGCGUGACUUUGGAGAAACGAUGGGAUUCCCUGAGUAGAGAGGAUAAAGUUGGGGUAUGUGAGCAACUGCGAGAUAUGCUCGAUGAGUUACGUCAGGUAAAGCGCGAUCCAGAGGACGAGUUUCUUGGACAAAUCAACCGUGGACCACUACAGGACGUGGUAUUCGCCGACGGAACCCGACCAAAAGCAGGACCGUUUUUAUCUGUAAAGGAGUUCCAUGACUGGUUUUCUUUCCUGGUAAAACGACAAGCCGCAAGUGGUCCCCACUGGGAAGAUUACGAACUAGAGGAUAUACCUGACCCAUAUCGCCAACUUCUACCUGACGAUCCUGGAGUUGUGUUCACGCAUGCUGACGUCCACCCAAGCAACAUAAUGGUCUCUGAAGGCUCACCGUGCCGUAUUAACGCUGUGAUAGACUGGCACCAGUCAGGCUGGUAUCCUGAUUACUGGGAGUUUUACAAGGCUGAGUAUACCAACCACUGGGAGUCUGAGUGGGUGCAGGAGUACAUCCCCAUGUUCUUGAACAAACCUCGAGAGACGUUUCUCAACGGGAUUGACAGCUACGCAGCCUCAUGGGGUUUCAUGUAA